AUGGGCGAUAGUGAGUACGAGAGCACGGAGCUCUUCGCGAAGGUCGAGAGCGGAAAGCCGUGGGAGUACCAGCGCCAGUUCUUUCCCAGCAAGAUCGGCGGGCGGCCCGCAUGGCUGGAGCCCGAGAAUCUCCCCCAAGAGGAGGCCUUCGUGUGCCCGAAAUGCGCCGGCGUCAUGACGUUCGUUUUGCAGCUGUACGCACCGGACGACGAAGAACCAUCCGGAGACGCUUUCCACCGGACCAUCUACCUGUUCGCGUGCCAGCCGUGCGGCACGCACUGGCGCGCUUUGCGCUCGCAGCUGCCGCGGACAAACGCGCACUACGCGUCCCACCCGCAGCCGUACGGCAUGCUGUUCCCGCAGCCAGACACGAUCAUCGCCCAGCGGUGCUGCCCGGCGUGCGGACUGCCCAGCGACGGCGAGCCUAAACCCGGCGAGCAGUUGACGUUUGCAAGCGUGGUGCACGACUUCACUUCGUACGCCGGCUGGCGAGCUUUGCACCCGAGGUGCAAGAUCGCGACCACACAGCAGACGCUGGAGGCCACCCUGCCGGAGGCGCUGCUGCGCAUCUGCGAGGGUGAAAUACUGGAGCCGGAGAACUACCUCGCGCACGAGAAGGAGCUGUAUCGCAAGUACCAGGAAAUGAAGGCUCAGCGUGGAGCUGGUGAUGAGGAGGAGCUCGACGAGUCCGAGGAGAAGGCCAUCGAGGCCAUUCAGGAGGAGCGGCUCGUUGUGGACCGCAACUUCGAGCGCUUCUGCAAGCGAACCACGCCCAACGACGUGGUGUACUACUGCCGCGACGGGAAGCCGAUGUGGACCAGCGACCGCGCUCCCAAACUGACGUGCGCCACGACCAAGGACGCGCCCGAAGACAAGGAGGUGGUGCCCGUGUGCAGCAACUGCGGGGGGCAGCGGUCGUUCGAGUUCCAGGUGCUGCCGCAGAUGCUGGUGCACCUGGGCCCGGUGCGCCUGGACUUCGCCAGCGUGGCGGUAUACACGUGCGCCGCGUCCUGCAACCUACUCGGCCAGUACCAGGAGGAGUUCGUGUACGUUGAACCCGACCUCUCGCUGGCGCCGAAGUGA